AUGUCUGUCAAGAGAAAAUGUGAAUCAGUAAUUUUGAUCUCGAAAACGCUAGAUGGAGCACUUUUAUUUGGCGGCACUUUACAGAUAAACAAAUAAAUAUAGUAUAUUUUUUAUUUAUGUAGAUAUAAACACAUAAACAAAUAUCACAAAUAUUCAUUUGUCAGUCGGACAUUUUUAAUUGCACUUUGACUUUUUUACAAAGGAUCUAAAUUAUUAAUAUCUAAAUUACCAGUUAUUAAAUGAACAAAUUUAUUCAAUGGAUAACAUACGUCAGUCUUCUACUGUAAGUAGAGUAAUUAAUAAUUUUUCAGAAAAUCCACCUGAUAUUCUUGAUUGUUACAAAGAUAAAUGGUCUUGGAGUAAAGUAAAAAUGAGUAUUGGAAAAUUUUUUGAUAAAUUUAAGAGUGUUAAUGAAUAUGACCAGGUAAAACCGAGAAAUGACAAUAAAUCUCAGACCUCACCAAGUUCGAUAGAGAAAAUGAUGAUACAGGAGAGACUUGCAAGGGAUUAUCAGCGCGAAUUAAGGAGACUUUGCGAGCGUAAUUUUUGUCAAAUAAAAAUGCAGGACCCAUGUGAGAUUUGUUGCUGUACACCAUGUGAAAUGCCUAAAGAAGAUCCAUGCCAUGGUGUGUCUAGAAAGACGCAUCCUCCUAAAUGUCAAUGCGCGAGAGCGGUGGUCAAAGAAAAAGGAUGCUGUGAUGCUUGUGAAAACGCUCUUAAAAGAAUUUAAGCGUAACUGCUUUUAAAAAAAAAAAAUUCAACAUUAAACAAGUCAAUCAUGAACUUUGACAUUGACUAUAAUUUUACUUGUAAAUAAAAAAAUACAGA